AUGGCUUCUUCAUGGCCCCGCUCCAAGGCGCCCAUCCAGCGCCUUCCCUUUGAGCUGAAGGAACAGAUUGCCCGGGACCUCUGUGACUUUGAUCUCUACGACAAACGCAACUACACCCUGAAUCCCCGUGCUGACACCUUCCUCGGCGGACAUACCUACCACCGGGCCUACAUGAGGUUACUCCAAGACCGCCCUUUGCUCACCAUAUUUACAAUCGACUACCGCACCGAGCUGGGAUUUCACAGCCUCAUCCCGCCCCAAAAUAAGCUUGAUAAAUGCCCUUCCACCAUUGAGCAUCUCACACUCAUCGGCUCUACCGCUUAUUUGGCCGAGCCCAUGUUAGACGCCUGUCGCCAAGUCAACAUCGACGAUCUGCUUCACUGGGUGAGCGUCAUCACCACCGGGCUGAAGACGGUCCGAUUCUGUAACGGGUUCGAAGUCAUCACGACGGGCUCGGAAACCCACAACUUGAACGACCUUCUGCUCAAGUUCAGGGAUACCCUGGAGCAGCUCGAGAUGAAUGGAACUGGCCAACACCUCCCCUGCUUUAUUUCUGACAUCCUUGGCCAUUUUGCCCGCCGUCAACAGGCGCGGUUUGGUUCGGGCACCAGGGACGGUAUCCUGUCGUGCUUGUCGGAGAUGGCAAAGCUGAGGCAUCUCGCCAUCCCCAUUCAUUACCUCCGGGAUCGCGCUGAUGCUCAAGCCCGCGGUAAACUUGUGUGUACACCCAAGGAAGAUCAGCAAUUCCUUCGGUUUUUGCAAGAGGAUAUUGUAACGUUUCCAGAGUCAUUGGAGAGGAUAGAUACCUUGUGGUUGAGUACGACGAACCCCAUGACAGAUUCAAUCCUGUUGUCAGAUAUCGGAGGAUUGACUUAA